GUGCGCGCAUGUGACCACGGAAGGCGCUCGCUGGUAUUUAAACAUCCCCACCGAUUGGGUGCUGAAGUGGACAGCUCCCCCGGUACAGACACGCACGAACCAAAACACAAUGGCUCGUUUGGCCGCGCGUGGAGGCUCCUCAGCCGACUGUUUUUGAACGAGGAUCUCCGUUUUCCCCAGCGUCACCACACCACCUUUCCAACAUGUGCGGACUUAUGCCAAGCUGCUGACGAGAGACGCACCGUUUUUUGGUUUUUUUGUUCUCUCUCCACAAACAACAGUCAGGCUGGGUGUUUUGACACCUGUGGCUGAAUCUGGAUCGCAAUCUCAUUCAGGACAAAAGAAGAAAAAAACCCAAACUAAGUGGAGGUUGGAUUGCUUCGCAUCCGUUCGCGUACGUCCUGCAGGAGAGGCGCUCCGGAGACGUUUGAUCCCGAGUGGCGAAGCGCGAUGGCACCUAAAGCCAUUUACGGUCGCAUUAAUUUCUAAGCCGCUCUCUGUGCCUGCUCGCUGACAGGAAAGAGCAUGGAUAGAGAGGAAUUUGCUCUGACUGGUGCGUUGAGGGGAUUUGUAGAGCUGGGGAUGUGCUCCCGUGGAAACUGAAGCGAGGACGACGUCUCCACCACUGUAAGCCUGCAACGAGCUCGCCAUUUCUCCUCAGGCAUUUUUUUCUUUCUUUCUUUUUGGUUUACAUUCCAUAACUCUGACGAGGACAUAACACAACAUUCAAAAAAAAAUCAGCCAUGGGGAAAGAGGAGUGCAAAACAAUGCUGGACGCUUUGAACAAAGUGACCGCCUGCUACAGGCACCUGGUCAUCGCCCUGGGCAGCACGUCGGACUCGCAGAACCUGCGAGAGGAGCUGAAGAGAACCCGCAAGAAGGCCCAGGAGCUGGCCGUGGCCAACCGGACCAAGCUGACCUCGCUGCUCAAAGACAAGACCAUCAGCAAAGAGGACCGGGCCGAGUACGAGCGCCUGUGGGUGCUCUUCUCGAGCAGCAUGGACCUGCUGGAGGUGGACAUGAAGAGGUCGCUGGAGAUAGGGCAGGAGUUCCCCCUCAAGGUGCCGACGCGGCACCUCAUCCAGACGGGCAUGACCGGCAGCACCACCACCGUGGCGGCGCGGGCCAUGAGCGUGCAGAACAUGAAGUACGAGGCGGACAGCAACGUCGACACGGCGGACCUCAGGGACCUGCGCUCCGAGAUCACCCAGGUGAGCCAGAUGAUGGAGGAGAUGGAGAUGAAGGUCCAGGUGGCGCCGUGGGCCGUGGAGGCGAAGCAGGAGGCGGGCGCCGAGCUCAAGUCCAACAUGAGCGUGGGGAAUUCCUCCGUGGGCGUCAUCUCCAUCUGCGAAGAGGAGCCGAAGGAGGAGGACGGCGCAGGCGGCAGGGACACUGGCUUCGCAACCAUCUGCGCCGUGGCCGGGUUCGUCAUCAUCGUCUUUGUCGCCGUGGUCCUGGGGUAUCUGGUGAUCAAUAUGUCCUGAGCUGUCCCGGACCCCCGGCAGCCCACCCCGAUGGACAGGCUGCCCACUGCCAGCACAGCGGCUCCACGCGAGAGAGAGAGAGAGAGAGAGAGAGAGAGAGAGAGAGAGAGCUGUUUGCCUCCUUGUGUGGACAAGUUAUUCAUCUUUAUUGGAUUUGUGAAUGUAUUCGGUGGAGUCGAGGAGUUGCACUAGAUAAAAAUGUAGAACGACAUAGCCGUUGUGUGUCACUCUGGGGAGGACCGACGACGCACAGAGCAGAAUUUGGAGGGGCAGAGGGGGUAUCCUAUUUUUGGAAGGGGGGGGGGGGGCGUUGCGUAAAAGACAUACCAUUACGUGACAGUGUCUGGCCAUCAGGAUGAUAUAAAAGACGUAAUCCAGGUGGAUUAGUGGGAAAGCUCAGGCGUAUCCUCCUGCUAAGUAUUCCCCUUGAUGGGCUGCUGGUUGAUGCGUUAACAUGUGUGAUUUUAUUCCAGCAAAGUCGGUCGUGUUCUGAGGAGCAGGGGGUCCACACAGUCGGAGAAAGUAGGGUCGUGUUAACACUGAUCGAGCAGGGGUCCUCUGUUAACCUUUGCUCUUCACACCACACAGGUUGGAUGUGAACAAGGCGCCACUGAUCUACACUCCUUGUCAGCACGGUUUGAAUACGCCAUAAACAAAUCUGUAGAGUCGGAUUGUAGUAGGCCUGCGUCUCACUUCAUUGCAUCACAUCACAAUGUGCUACUUCAGAGCCCUGGGACCUGAGGGACGCCCGCGGUCUUUUACUACUGCACUCUUUCACUGUAAGCCUGUUCAUGUUUCUUUACAGGGUUUCCAUCUUCUUCUCUUGCAAUCAGUGUUGAAUGUAUACAUCACAACAUGUGAAUAGAGGAUUUGUAUACAGUCUACUGCUGUGUCAGAUAAUGUACAUACAAUCAAGUAUAUUUAUUAUAAUAAAACUUUUGAAACACAACUUGAAAACAUGCUUAUAGUUUGAAGAACGUUCUCGCGGGGGUUUUACUGGACCUCUCCGAAUCAGUUUUUUGUACCAAUAUUGACCAAGGGAGAAGUUAUUGACACUUUCUUUUGUUUUGACCUAAAGCUAAUGGUUUUAGCCCAGUUUUUAAUGACUGCACAGCCAGAUAAACUGUGCACAGUCGUAUUUCAAAUAGAAUAUUAUUAUCUUAGACGUAACCACCCAGGUGAAAAUGGUAUUUGUUUUAAAAUGGAAAGGAAACUAACACCGGUACUUAGCUCCCUAAUGGUUUUAGUUGUAAGAGUCUUUGAAGGUAAUCCUAAGA